UACUGUGAGUGCUACGCGGUAACUCGGUUUUUUGGCGUGCCAUACUGAUCGAGAUUUUUAGUUGAAAUAACGUGGAAGACAGUGUUUGAAUAAACACUUGAAACGAAAUUUGGCUCUUGUCAAAUUUCAUCUGAUCCAAGAUAUCUUGGGUCGACUAAAGUGGUACUGGCCAAAGCGUCUUCCUGACGCUUACUGGUAAUUUUGCGGUUGUUCCCUUUUUAAUCCCGUUUUACACCCUGUUUUGCCUUUUUAUUGUGGUAGUUUUACGGUUGUAUACGUGUUUUUAAAUUCUGCGUUGUUUUCCACUUCAAUAUGGUCGUCUCGCGAAAAACCGGGACGGAUGAAGCCCUCGCGUCUUCGUUUGAUGAGUCAAAUGCACCUUGCAGCAAUUCUGCCUGUUCAAGGCCAGUCACAGAUUCAUCUGGUGGUAUGCAGUGUGAUAUUUGCUCUCGUUGGUAUCACAAAAGUUGUACCGGCCUCCGAGCGAAUCAGUACAAGAUGCUAUCAUCCAGUGAAAGCCUUCUUUUUAGAUGUGCUGAUUGUUGCGCUCAGAAAGCGAAGCUCCCGGCUUUCACCUGUGCUGAAUUCAAAGCACUAGCGUCCAGAUUCACAGUUGUCGAGAAGGCAUUAGCCGAGCUUGCCUCACUUGCCUCGCUCAAUUCUAAAGUGGAUUUGAUUAUGAAAUCCCUGAAUAUCGCGAAUGUGGACGCUGUAACUGACUGUCCUGCUGAUAGUCCAACCGUUGACGAGGAGUUCAUCCUACCGGACGCUCCUGUUCACGUGUAUAUGACAGACACAGAUGCCUCGGACGGCAUUGUUGACCCUCCCCAAAUGGAAGGCGAAUCACGGGCUCCUGAGCCAUUAAAGAAUAAGCGUAAGAGAGUAAGGAAAGCGCGCAAACCCUCCGCCCCCAAACCGGAAGGUGACAAAAUGCUCAAGAAGCAAGCGCCUGCUUUGAAAACACCACCUGGUGUUGCACUUCCCUCAGUGAGACAAGAGGUGCCGUCGCCUUCGGUUUCACCAAUUCCCGUCAGACAACCAUAUGGCGUGGAUGGUAGAGCAUGUGGUGUAAAUACACCUCGUCGAGGCGAUUCUUACACAGAUAGCAGUGUGAUUUUCAGAAACGUCACUGAAUCCACUGCAGCUCUUCCUGCCGAGCGCAUGCUUGAGGAUCUUGAUUGGCUUAAAGUUUGUGUGACCAGGCUUUUACCACCAGGUUUCCCUGGCGUUACUGUCAGGAAGCUCAUCAGAUUGGGGAACGUUACGGUUGGUCAACCAAAUCCUCGACCCCGUUUGCUUAGGGUGGUCCUCUCCACCCCAGAAGAGCGCAGGGCCUUACUGAGAUUUGCCUUCAAACUCAAAGGUACCGCGGUUAGUGUGCAACCAGACCUUCCGUUAGCGGAUAGGUUAAAGUUAAAGGAAGCCAUCAGAGACCUAAAAGCCCGGCGUGCAGCUGGCGAGCAAGGUCUCCGAUUGGUGGGUUUUCAGGUGGUCAGCCGGCGGUCCUUUUCCGCCCUGCCAGAACCUAUACUAAUUGCGCACGACCCAGGGCUGGUCGGGCCGAAACACUCCAAGUAGUACUUAGUAACGUGCGUAGCCUGAGGAACAAAAUGUGCGAGGUGGGUCUGCUCGUAGACAAAUCUCGUCCAGAUAUACUUGCUUUCACCGAAACGUGGCUGUCUGAGGAAAUCACAGAUGGCGAAGUAUAUCUGCCUGGCUACGCACUGUUCCGCGCUGAUCGCUCCACUGGCCGUCAAGGGGGUGGUGUAGCUCUUUAUGUGAGUUAUCACAUCGACGUAUUGAGGACCAGCGUUUUUCAGUCUCUCGACAAAUCUGUUGAGGCUCUCGCAGUCUUGAUUUGCGCUUCCUCGGUUCAGGUUACGGUUGUGUUAGUGUAUAGAAGCCCUAUGAGCACCUCCAAUGGAAUCAUUGACUUUAUACGCACUCACUCUGCGAACAAGUGUCUGGUGCUGGGAGACUUUAACCUCCCAGAUGUUUGUUGGGAUGAUCUAUCUUGCAGUUCGACGCUGGAAUCGUUCGGUACAGAACUGCUGGACUUGACGCUGCAGGUACCACUACACCAGUUCGUGGACCUCCCCACUAGGUACAUGAGCAAUCAGCAGCCGUCCAUUUUAGAUCUUGUUUUUGCUAAGUCACUUGACUUUGUAAAUGACAUUAAAUAUGACUCGCCUCUUGGCGCUAGCGAUCACGUUUGCUUGUCUUUCCAGUGUGCUCUUAUCAGGUCUUGCCAAGCUACUACCAGUUGGUAUCCGAACAUUUGGGCCGCGGACUUCCAAGCGAUGCGGGAUAGAGCUAGGUCAUCGCCUUGUGUGAUAUCUGAUACCGACACUGUUCAUAUAGCCUGGGAAAAGCUUAAGGCUCACCUCGUCGACAUUUCUGCACCUCACGUCCCACUGGUAAAAAGAAGGGAAUCGAGAGCGCAGCCUCCGUGGAUAGAUUCCGCGGGGAAGGGCCUGCUAAAGAAGCGGUCUAGAUGCUGGCGAGCUUACCGAACAGCUCCGUCAAAUGGCACGUUUGACAAAUAUCGGUUGGUUCGAAAUGAGUGCAAGCUACAUCUUAGGUUGGCCCGGCUUCAGUAUGAAAAGGGCUUAGCUCAUACUGCUUCGAAAAAUCCCAAGAGAUUCUUUGCUUACGUUAAACGACGCUGUGGUGCAAACUCGCCCAUUCCACCAUUGCUUCGAGGAGAUGGGACCCAUGCCUAUAGCGACUAUGACAAGGCAUGCGUGCUUGGUAAGCAGUACUCAAGCGUCUUUGUCCGCGAGACAAAUACGCCAUGCAAAGAGUUAGUUCCAAGAGUCCCUGAGGACUGUUGUCUGGAUGAAAUUCCUGUAACGGAGUCCCAAGUUCUCCGGUUGCUAACAGAGGUGAACCCAACUAAGGCUUCUGGGCCAGAUUCUGUUCAUCCAAAAUUGUUGCACGAAUUGGCAGGGGAACUCAGUGGACCUCUGACUUGUGUGUUUCAGAAGUCACUCAACAGCUGUAUCUUGCCUACCGAAUGGAAGGAGGCUGUUGUCUGCCCGAUUUUCAAGUGCGGUGACAAAGACCUACCUGCUAAUUACAGGCCUGUCAGCUUGACUAGCGUGGUCGUUAAGUUACUUGAAAAAAUAGUACGAGAUACAGUGGAGAACCAUUUAAGUAGGUUUAACCUGCUUAGCGUCGAGCAACAUGGUUUUCGCAAAGGAUUUUCGUGUCAGACGAACUUGCUGGUAGCUCGAGAGUGCUGGGCUGAAGCCGUAGACAGUGGACAUGCGGUGGAUGUGGUGUUCAUUGACUUCGCCAAGGCCUUUGACACUGUCCCCCAUUCGCGACUCUCGCUGAAGUUGAGGUCGUAUGGAAUAGCUGGUCGUGCUCUCCAGUGGGUGUCAGCUUUUCUGGAUGGACGGGAACAGUGUAUUCGUGUGGGAAGCAGUCUUUCGUUUCGACAGGCUGUGCUUAGCGGCGUUCCGCAAGGCUCUGUCCUAGGUCCGCUGCUGUUCUCAGUCUACGUGAAUGACUUGCCGGAGGAGCUUGAGGUACAAUCGCUUUUAUUUGCUGAUGACCUAAAGCUCUGGAAUAUUGUUGAUAUCCCUGGAGGUCCUAUGGCUCUUCAACGGGCUCUGGAUAAACUCUGGGAAUGGUCUGUCUUGUGGUUGCUGCCUAUAAACCGGGCAAAGUGUUCAGUGCUGCGUAUCGGAGCGUCUGAUUCCUCCACAAGUUAUGUGCUCGAUGGGACUGUACUUCCUCACGUGACUCAUCAGGUUGAUCUAGGUGUCAUCCACUGUUCCACAUUACACUCUGGAGACAACUGGAAGAAGGCGGCUAGUAAAGGGUUCCGGAUGUUGUGGUUUAUCCGUCGUUCUUUUGGGACCCUAACCGCUGAUGUAUUUGUGAAGCUCUUCUCAGCGUUUGUGCGACCCCACCUAGAAUAUUGCGUCCAGGCCUGUCCACCAUGCCUUGUCCGGGACAAAAUGGCACUAGAAAGGGUGUUGCGUGUCGGUACUAGGUUGGUCAAGGGAUUACGAGGGCAAACGUACCCCGAACGCCUACUUAGUUUGGGAAUGCAGUCAAUGCACUAUCGAAGGAUUAGAGGGGACCUAAUCCUAACCUACCGUAUUUUGACUGGGAAGGUUGGCCCUGAUUUGUCCAUGCUAUUUAGUCCUGCUAGAUUAUCUGGUCUCCGCGGGCAUUGUAUGAAGCUGGACAAGCCGCGGUCCGAUCGAGUUAGAGCGGAGACACGCUUAUCGCGUCGAGUCAUCGAGCGCUGGAACCUGCUUCCUGAAAAUGUUGUCAAGGAAGCUACGGUUAAGGGGUUUGAGCGUCAACUAGAUGCUCUUGGGUGGCAACACGAAACCUUUCCGUUUUCCUGACAAAUUCCCAUCUUCAUACUUCGAUUCUAUUUUCUUUGCUUUUCCUCGUCAUUGGUAUUAUUCUCUUCUUUUAACUGAUUUCCCCUACUCCCUUACCUUCGAUUCUCCUUCCUCUCUUACUUACUUCACGUAACUGACACAGCUGGGACAGCUAAUGUUAGGAACGUGGGCAUUAAAUUGGUGGACCAGGGUGUUUUUCGGGUGUUUUCCUUUUAGACCCAUCAAGAAGUCGGAGCACCCCUAUCAACUCCUGGAUCGACGACCCGCUCAAGAAGGAACACUUACGGGAUUCAUCCUAUCGUUCCAGUCCCACUUGAACUUGAACUUGAACUUGAACUUGA